AUGUAUUUGGGCCAUUUACUAUUAAGUGCCCACGAUGAUGAGUCCGAGACUGCGAGGAUUGAACGCCUUGGACGACAGCGGCCUGAGAAGCUGGGCUCGAUGUGGAAGGAGGUCGGCUUCGUCUUCUCCAUCACGGUCUCGCAACUCUUGAGCGAGUACUUCAUAUCGGGCUUCACGCUUCUGCUGCCAACAGUAUCAGAGGCACUAAACAUCCCUUCGGCAUCCACCACUUGGCCGGCCAGUGCCUUCUCGCUCGUCGUCUCAUCCUUCCUGAUACCGUUCGGGCGGUUGGCUGACAUCUAUGGCGGCUUUCCAGUCUACAUCGCUGGCUGCGUUUGGUACUGCGCCUGGUCGAUCAUCGCUGGCUUCGCUCAGAACGAGCUGAUGUUGGACAUGUGCCGUGCUCUGCAAGGCCUUGGUCCUGCAGCUUACCUUCCAGCCGGUCUUCAGCUACUAGGCAGUACAUAUCGACCAGGUCCACGCAAGAACAUCGUCUUCUCGAUCUACGGUGCCAUGGCUCCUUUUGGAUUCUUCAUCGGUCUCUUCUUCGCUGGCGUAUCAAGCCAAUUCACAACCUGGAGAUGGUACUUCUGGAUCGGCGCCAUCCUCAUCGCUCUUACCACCGGCAUCGCCUUCUUCGCCAUCCCAUCCGACACAGACAAUGUGAAGAACAACGGAGUCAAGAUGGAUUGGUACGGGAGUAUCACAAUCGUCAGCGGUUUGAUCCUUGUGGUCUUUGCCAUUACCGACUCCGCUCAUGCCCCGAAUGGCUGGGCUACGUGGUAUAUCCUCUUGACUUUCCUGGGCGGUUUGGCUAUACUUGGAGUUGCAUUCUGGGUGGAGGGAUGGGUCGCUGAACAGCCUUUGCUGCCAUUCUCAGUCUUCAAGAUCAAGUUUGUGCGUCCGUUCAUACUCGGUCUGCUUUUUGCAUACGGCACGCUAGGGAUCUACUUGCUAUAUGCAAGCUUCUACUGCAUACGAAUCCUCAAGACAACCCCCAUGCAACUCGUAGCCUGGUACGUCCCCAUGGCCCUCAUCGGCAUCCUCCUCGCAAUCUUCGGCGGCGCCUUCCUCCACGUCCUGUCCCCACGCAUCCUGAUGUUCGUAACCGGAGUCGCCAUCAUCAUCGAGUCUGUCCUCUUCGCCCUCGCUCCCGCCGAUGCCAACUACUGGAGCUGGAUCUUCGUCCCCAUGAUUAUGUCCACGGUCGCCAUCGACAUCAUCUUCAACGUGGCCAACAUCUUCUUUUCCUCCACUUUGCCGUCUCGUCAACAAGGAUUCGCCGGUGCGCUGAGCAAUGUCCUGCUCCAGCUGGGCAUUGCACUCUUGCUUGGAUUCGCGGAGAUCAUCGCUUCGGAGACAGCCUAUCAAGGAGAACGACAGAGCUAUCAGAAUGUCUUUUGGUUCAACUUGGCUUGUGGCGCUACUGCUCUGGUCAUAUUUAUGGCAUUUGUACGCAUUGGAAGGGCCAAGGCGGAUCUCACAGCCGAUGAAAAGGAAGCGCAGCGCCAACGAGAGGAGAACCCAGAAAGUACAUGA